AUGAUGACCACAGUAUCAGCAUCAGACGAAUUUCAGGCCCCCAAGUCCAAGAAGCGAUCCUCUGAUGCCAAGAAUCUGCCUCGUGUAUACGUGGGAAACCUUCCAGCCAGUCAGGACGGGUUGGAGGCAGAUCUUCGAACGAUCAUUCAAGACGCGGCUGGUCUGCAAGUAGAUGGGGUGGUUCACGCCAAUAAAAAAUCGGGUGGUCAUGCCUUUAUCUCAUGCCACUCCAAUAAAGAUAUUGAUGCCGUGAUUUCUGCCUUGAAUCAAUGUUCUUGCCAGGGAAAGACUCUGGUGGCUCAACGAGAAAGAAAACCCAAAAAGAAUCAAGGCAACAAAGGACCUCAAGGCAACAGAGGCUUUCAAGGCAAUAAAAAUAAAAGCAAGGGUUCUUCUUUUGGAAAUAUUAGCAAGGGUCCGUCUUUUGGAGUUUCUUCCUGGUCCAAGCCCCGACAACAUAAUCAGCGGGAUGUGUCACCUACCAGCACCACAAUGGUUCCUCCCCCAAAUGAUACUGACAACACUACAGAUCCAACUGAUGCAGUAUCUGGAAUUAUUUCAGGCGAAAUGAAUACAGCGUGUGCCACGGGAAAUCAAGACACUGUCCUUAACACGGCGCUGGCUUCCUUGGCUGUCAUGUCCAUGCUGGCACCCGUCAUGGAUCAAGAAACCACGACAAUCAGCUCCAGUCAAGAGCAAGAUACUACUAGUAGGGAUGCAGCAACGAGCAAUGACAAUGCAUCGGAGGAAGUGACAACGUUGGAUGACUUCAAAUCUCGCUGCCAAAAACCCUUGUCAGAGCUCUUGGCAGACUAUGGAGAAGAAGAUCCUGAAUGGCAGUCUAUGCAACCUCAGCAGGUUGAAGCACAACCGGCCAACCCGGUCGCAACAGAAGAAAAUCAACAGCCAGAAACUGUAGACGCAGCAGCAACUCCAACCAACAACGGUAACAACCAGCUGGGACGAAAGGGCAAAGCACCCAUCCACGUCGAAUUUGUAUCCUUUGGAUACACGAAUGGUGCACCGGGAGCGAUUCGGAAUGGUUGGCAUCAUGCACAGCCUUUGCCCGUCUUUGAUUGUCGUGACUUGCCGACUGUACCGCACUACAUGGAAUGGCGUGAUGGUGUUUCUGGCUUUGUACAACGAUCGCUUCUCGGUGAACCGGCGGUUCGGGAUAUGGCCAACAAGGUCAAGGAACAAACCUUUGAAGCGCUUGUGGAGGCAAUCCAUGAGGGUGGACAUGGCUAUGUGUCGCCUCUGCAAAUGAAGGUGUACGUGGCAAGUGAAAGUGGUCGGCAUCGAAGCGUCGUGGUUUGUGAACAGGCCGCCAAGUGGUUGCGGCAUCUACUCCGUAUGAAUGAAAACAAUCGCAUCUCAUGUCCCGUCUCUGUGGGUACCCGCCAUCCUAAUGUAGUCCGUAUCAAGAGGAAUGACAAAGGCAGUCUGAAGAGGGAAGAUAUGGGAAGCGAUUGGUAG